GAUUGUGUAAUUCAUUUUUCAACCUCACCCAUUUGGAAUGCCGGAAUCGGAAUCAGGAACGUAACAUGUUAAUCUAGACAGAGUUCAGUUUCCUUUGUUUUUCUAUUGAUCUAUGGAGGAAGACGAGCCUUUGGGCACAGCCUGUAGUACCUUAGCCGGUGAUCAUUCAGAUGUGGCCAUCCAACGCAAACAUGUGGCAAUGCUAGAACACCUCUCCAAUCUCCAUCAGUCACGGCUGGCGCGCAAGCCUAAUUCAGACUCUUACUCAUCUUCAGGUUCCACACAAUCUUUCCUCUCUCAUUUCUCUGAAUCGAAGCAAUCUAUCGAGUCUGAACUAUCUCGGAUCUGCAAAACCCAAGACCCCCAAAAUGUCAAACCAGAACUGGAAAAGGUCUCAAUCUCAAUUGCUAAUCUGGAAAAGGAAGUUGCGGAGAGCUCCUACUUUCUGCCCUCCUACGAUGUCCGCUCAUGCCUCAAAACCAUAUCCGACCUAAAGCAAACCCUAGAACAGGUUAGCUCUUCAGUCCUACCUAAGAAGAAGUUCUCAUUUCGAAACAAAACCACUAAUAGAUGUGCAGCAGCAUCAAAUGGCUUGAUUCCAGAAGCCCCAUCUGAAAACAACACCAUUGAAAACGUGAUAGGUCCAACAUUAGGGUUUAUGGCUUUAGACUCGCCUGGCUUUCAGGACAAGGAAAAUGAGGUGUUGACAAUGGAUUUUAGAAGAACUGAGGCGGAGAAAAUUGGGGAGUUCAUGCUCUCAGAUCUAAGAGGCUGUGAAGUUCGAUUGCUGGGGUGUGUAAGGGCAUUAUUUGUGCAUAAGCUGGCUAAUUGUAGGGUUUAUGUUGGGCCAGUGACUGCAUCAGUUUUGAUUGAGGAAGUAAAGAAUUGCAUCUUUGUGUUGGCUUCUCAUCAGAUUAGAAUUCAUCAUGCAACCGACUGUGAUUUCUAUCUCCGGGUGAGGAGUAGGCCUAUAAUUGAGGAUUGUACUGGGGUUAGAGUUGCACCAUACUGCUUUAUGUAUGAUGGGAUUGAGAGGGAUCUUGAAAAGGCAAAUCUUGGUGAAGAGUCUGGGAAUUGGGCUAAUGUUGAUGAUUUUCGGUGGUUGAGGGCAGCACACUCUCCAAAUUGGUCAGUUUUGCCUGAAAAAGAUAGAAUUGAAGAAGUCACGGAAAUUUCAAAACCAGAGUAUUAAGGUUUCACAAUUUUUUCUUGUCAUUCAGCCAAGAUUGGUGCGUAUCAAGAAUAUUGUAUUUUAAGAAGUCAUUUCGUAUAUAUCCCUUUAUCCUCAUACAAAUUAGUUGCUCUGUUCUAUGUUGGUCUUCACAUUAAACAUGACUUGUGUGAUUUGUGUAUCAUUACGAGCCUGCUUUCUUUUAUCUUAUGAAGCAUAAAGUUAUGGAAUAAAUAUAUUUUGUUUGCUGAAA